AUGAAUACACGUCGUGCAGACAGUGACCCAACAGGGGAUGCAGUAUCAUUCUCCUUCUAUCACUAUGAUCCGAGCAUGGCCGGUGCCGUUAUCUUUAUCAUUCUUUUCGCUGGAACAACGCUCUUUCAUAUUUACCAGAUGGUCAGAACCCGAACUUGGUUCUUCAUCCCUUUUGUGAUUGGAGGCAUAUUUGAGGUACUCGGCUACAUAGGGCGCGCCCUGUCCAGUGGGGAGUCUCCAAACUGGACCCUGGGACCAUAUCUCAUCCAAACCUUGUUCCUUCUUCUCGCUCCAGCCCUGCUCGCCGCUUCUAUAUACAUGUACCUCGGACGAAUAAUACUGGUUCUACGAGCCGAGUCUCACGCAAUCAUGAGAAAGAAAUGGCUGACCAAAGUCUUCGUGACGGGUGAUGUCCUGUCUUUCCUCCUGCAAGGUUCUGGCGGCGGUAUCCAAAGCGGCGGCAGUCUUGACAGUAUGAAGCUAGGAGAGAAAAUAAUCGUCAUCGGCCUUUUCGUCCAAAUAUUCUUCUUUGGCUUUUUUAUCGUCACGGCAGGCUCAUUCGACUUGAAAUUAAAGAAAUACCCUAUUCCGCGAUGCCACUCCGCCCAGAUCCCCUGGAGAAAACAUAUGAAUGUGUUAUACGCAUCGAGCAUGCUGAUCAUGAUCCGGUCUGUAUUCCGCUUGAUUGAGUAUCUGCAGGGGAACAAUGGGUAUCUGCUGCAUCAUGAAAUUUUCCUAUAUAUCUUUGAUGCGGUGCUGAUAUUUAUCACGAUGGUGAUCUUCAAUAUCUGCCACCCGAGUGAAAUUGGCCGGCUUUUGGCUAAUGAGGCGGAUUAUGAACUCAAAGAUACGUUUGGUGUUGUACCGUGA